CCUUGUUUACCCUGAGACGGAGGCAGCCUUGAUAGUGACUUGUACGGUCAUACUGCAGGAAAGCUGUCGACCAACACAACUAAUAGAAAAUGGGGGGCGUCAUCAUCGCAAGGAUCGCUGCAGUCGCCAUGAUGAUCCACACCCUGGUCUCUGCCCAGGCCCCCUCUGGCCUGAAACCAAAAGACAUCUCGGCAUAUCCUGUUAAGAAUGCAUUACGCGUCUAUGACUGCAAAGACUGGCCCGACGGGUUCUACGCCGAUAACAAUGACUGCCGUUUCUUCUAUAUCUGCGCCAACGGCACGAUGUCCAAGCCCGGCGGGGCGUUCCAUUGCCCUAACAAGGAGAGGGUGUACUACGACAAGCUGAAGAAGAGCUGUGUCACAGCAAGAGAGAUAGGAGGACAGUGCGACAAACAUAAAAGACAGCCAUGGCCUCCACUGAGUCGAGACUGGAAAUGUCCCAAGGGAAAGAGCGGCGGUAGAGCACACCCAGACUGUACGCACAUGACACUGUGUUUCUCUGGCCGCCAGAGCAAAGCGGUGUGCGCGAACGGCCAGGUGUUCGACGAGAUCUCGGGACGGUGUGCGCCUUACGAGAAGUCCAAGGAUGUCUGUACGCCGUGGGGGGCCAGGACCACGUGGCCCGGGUACACCUCUACCACGACCACCACUGCUGCCCCCUAUACCACCACGACCACCACCCCCGGGACCACGGAGAGCACCGUGCCCCAGUCCACCACACCGUUAUUUGUAUGCCCCAACCGCAGGACGGCCAUUUACCACCAUCCCAGACAGUGCGACCAGUUUCUGAUAUGUCGUAAGGGGAGGUUCCGGGCCAGACCGUGUCCCAAUAAAAACUACUGGUUCAGCAAGCGCAAGAUGACCUGUGUGCUGAAGGGGAAGUUGAAAGAUGAAUGCGAGCUGGAAUCAGGGUUACGAUGGGAAGUUAUACCUUCUACUACAACCACGCCCCCUACCACACUCGGUCCUACCACGCCCCCUAUCUACGACUGCCAGGGGGAGGACGGUAACUUCCCCCACCCCACAGGCUGCAGUAGCACCUACUACCAGUGUAUAUAUGGCGGGACGCGGGUGAACGAGCUGACCUGUCCGGGGGACUUGGUGUUCAACCCUGACACUGAGUGGGGAGGGCAGUGUGACCUCAAGGAGUGGACGCCAGUCUGUAAUGGCUCGGCACCCACCACGACAACGACUGAGUCUACCACCCCCGGGCCGACCACUCCCCCUCCAUACGACUGUAAGGGCCAGGACGGCUACUUCCCCCACGCGUCCGGCUGCAGCCAGACCUACUACCAGUGUAUAUUUGGAGGGACGAGGGUCGUGACGCUGCAAUGCAGCGGGGAGUUAUACUUCAACCCCAAGACCGUGCAGCUAUGUACUUAUAAGAAUAGAGUUGCUGGUUGUGAUUAAUGGCUUGCAGGAGUACAUAUACAGUCGAGACUAUACAGUUGAUUGAAAGAUAAAUUUAAAAAAUGUUAUGACGACUACGGGAAAACUUGUUGAGAUAAUAUUUGCAUAGGUUUCGAAUAUAUAUAAAUACUAGACUUAAAAUGUCCGUUAUCCGAUAAUUGUGACCGACUUCGGCUGGUUCACGUGAGCGUCGUCAUAGUAACAUGUUAAUGAUUACAGGCAAAUCUGUUGACAGUCAUUGUAAGGCAGGGAAGAUAUACACGAUUUUAAUGCCAGGAGGUAGGAUAAACAUUUAAACUGGUCACUGGUCAUUUUGUCACUUGUAUUUAUAAGCGUGUAUUAUGGUGUAUUGGAUAUGUUUGGAUUAAGAGAUGUAGAGUGGGUAUAACAUUAUUGUCAAACCUGUCCAAUAUUUUCAUGUUUGUAAAUUUCCAGAUUGAGAUGUCGUCAGUGAGUAACAGGUUAUGCAACAGCUAUGUGGAAAUGCGUAGAUUUCAGAAUGUCUCUAUUAUUAAUGUGACAAUAAAUUUCUACUCACGUUUUACUUUCUACA